AUGCCUAAAUUCGUCAACACUCCUCUUUACGGGGGCGCCAUUACGUGCGAUCUUCCUGAACACUAUGCCGACGUCAGCAAGUUGCGCCAGGUGCCAGACAACCAGGAGGUCUGGAUCGACAAGGACGGCUUCACGAGCAUCAUUUUCGACAUUGUGGAGCGUGUGGGCGAGCCUGGCUCAAGCCCUCAAAUCGACGGGCGAGCCUUGACCACCCAUCUGGAAGAUCUGGUCGGCGAGGACACUGAAGGGCUCAAGGUCUGGAACACAGCUGAGACGGAAUUUUCACGUCUUGAGCCUAACAAGCACGGCCGCCUGCCCGCGUAUACUCUCAUAGCAACACAGCAACCACAGGCAGCCUCGCGCGACCGAGCCGCCGCUCCGGACUUCACGGCGAUUGUCAUGACACUUCUACGCCUUGAAGAAAAGGAGACAGAUAUUUUGAUGACAAUCAAUGUCCCGCACAUCAAAGGAGAGUACGACGAGGAUGAUGUCGACAUGGAGCUCGGAAAGCAGGGUAAACUGAUUGGGGAUGCUGUUGAAAUGUCGGCGCGUAUCUGGGAAUCUUUCAAGAUCAAGGACUGGGGGCUGUUUGGGCAGUAA